AUGUCCUCAGCUUCAUCGCACGAUUCGCUGGACAAAAGCACGGUAAGGACUAUAUUAUUUAUUAUAUUUUAAUGCCCUUUUUUCAUGUUUAUGGGUGAUUAGACAUUUACGGUUAGCUAGAAAUUUGGUUUUUGUUUUUUAUUCGUCCAGGUUUUAUUGUGAGACAUUAAUUGAGAUUUUAAGCUUACAAUAGGCUUUUAGUUGGCUUUUUAAGUUGAAUUUUGAAUUUAAAAAAAUGUGUAGUGACGUUCCUAGUGAGGAGCACCAAGGGGGAGAUUUUCAUUUGUAUAGAGGUUAGAAAUUUAAAAAAUUAUUUUCGAUUUUUUUUUAAAAAUCGGCAGGGAAGAAAAGUAUUUUAAAAAUUUUAACGUGGUCCUCCUGUUGAUUUUUGAAAAAAAGUUUUACAUUUUUCUUCCCCUCUUCCUCCACCAGUUAGACUAGAAAAAGGAGCGUAUUAGGCCUGACCCGGUUGGAGCAAACUUGAAAGGGGCCGAGACGGCAGAUAUGAGUCCUACGGUCUGGGCUUACGUCAAGGUCCAGCUUAGGUUUUGCAACGAAAGCAGGGUUCCAGAAGUUAUAACCUUACAGUCAGUGUUUUGCCGGACCGAUUCACAAACGGGUCCGGACCGGGCCGGACGGACCGAAACUAAAAUUUUAGCUGACCGGACCCCAAAACCUGCGGACACGGACCUAAAAAAAAGCUCCGGACCGGAAGAAUUUUUUUUUUAAAUUGCAAAUAAAAUAUAUUUUUAAGAGUUUUAAGCAAAAAGUAAGCAGUUUUAGCGCUCCUUACUUUUUUUUAAAAAAUUUUUUGCGGACCGGACCCAAAAAAUUUGAAGUUUGGGCCGGAAAAAUCGCCGGACCGGUCCAGGCAAAACGCUGCUUACAGUAUAGUGAACUAGGUCUAAUUAUAGAUAAGAGCUUUUAAAUUUUACCUAAAUUUGAACAUUGUUUUUCAAAAAACACUAUUUUUAAUGUUCCUCCAAAACAUUUGAAAUAUUUCUCAAAAAACCCAAUUUCCAAUAUUUUUUCCUGAAUUUUUUUUCUGAGACCCGAUUACUCAUUGGUCUCCCCCUCGUUUUUUUGCGGUUUUUAAAGAGUUCAAUUGCUUUUUUGAAUACCAACUUUGAAGCGAGAGACUCUUGCGGAUUAUUCGGGGAAAAAAGUUUCGCGCACUUCUUGAACGAUUCAUACUGGAUGGGGGUCAAGUUUUGUGGUCAAUUCGAGGAUUUCCAAUCCAAAAUUCGGGCGGUGGUUUAAUUUGUCGGCUUGUUUUUGAAAUUUUAAGGUUUGUUUUUGGAAAUUUAUUAGAUGGAAGAUAGGGGUUGCUUUUCAGGGGGUGUGAAAGGGCUCAGCUUUGAUUUAUGCCAUUUUGAAUAUUUUGUUUAAAGGUUUACGGGAUAUAAAUGGGUUUGAACUAGUUUGUAGAAGUGAUUCUUACUAAAAGUGGCAUUUUUGAAAAAAUUUAAAACGAAUUUUUUUCGCAGAUUUUUUUUCAAUUUUGGGUUAAAGACAAUAAUUAUGGCAAAGUUGAGGUACUGACGAUUUAAAAAUGCUCUUUUUUUACAAAAAGAAACUUUUCUUAUCAGUAUAGCUAUCUUUUUUUCAAAAAAAUCGCAAAAAACGCCCCUUUUUUCAAUUCAAAAAGCCAAAAACACCCCCUAACAAAAACAAGCCCUACUAUUUCCCCUUACAAAAUCUACUAUUGACAAAAUAAACCCAAUUAAUCGAUUGAAAUUGCAUGUCAUUCCGGUUAUGCCUUGAUAAGAAUAAAUUAUUUUAAGCGCGAAGCAGAAUGAAUCAUAAUUCCUCCUUCUAACGGAGAAAAAACCAUCUUUUUAUUGCUUUUUCAAACCAAAAUUCGGAUUGUUCUUUGUCAGAAUAACAUGAAAUUUUGUUUUAAAAAUGUGUAAAAUAACAAAAAUGGCAAGUUUUAGAAAUUAUUAGUCAUUUUAGAUAAGCCUUUUUAGUUAACUUAGAAUCAAAGUAUAAUAAUGUCCUCAGCCAACAUAAAGGCAGUUAAGAGCUUUAGUAAAAAUAUACAGAGCCUUUAAAUGAAAGUAAAUACAAGUCCUUGAAACCUUUCUUUAAACAGGUAAUCCAAUUAUAAACUUUAGUGGCAAACUCAACUUCCCAACACAAUUUAAAGCUUUUUACCAGCACUAAUCAUAUUACGUACUCUAUCGACGUGCUUACUACUCUAACGAUCUCAUGUUGAAAAUAAACCCACAUUUUGCUAAAAUAAUACCAUUUUUUUAAAAUAGUACCCACUUUUUUAGAAGUACUGCUUUUUUCAUAAAUGAUACCAUUGUUUUAACAUAGUACCAGUUUUUAUAAAAAUAAUACCAGUUUUUUCUAAAAUAGUACCAUUUUCAAAGGGAAGUACACCUUCUUUUAAACCAAUACCGCUUUUUUCAUAAAUAGUACUAUUAUUUUAACAGUACCAGUUUAUGUAAAAAAUAGUACUACUUUUUUCUAAAAAUAACACAACUUUUUCCUAAUUUUCAUAAUGAAAAAAACAAACCGUGAGAAAGUCCAUCAUCGCUUACAUUCCAAUCAAAUUAGCCAAACUUAUCGUACAGUAAACAAUAACUUUUUAGGAAUGUAAAAAUCUGCAAAAAUGUUGAUGAUGAUGACAUUUUUUAAAUUUAUUUUAGUGUUUUAUAAUUUUUAAAAUAUAAAAACUUAUUAUCAUCAACAUUUUUUAUUUUUUUUUUCCAAUUCUCGAAAAGUUUCGGUGGACUGUACGUUAAGUUUGGCUAAUUUGAAUGGAAUGUGGGCGAUGAUGGAUUUUCUCACGGUUUGUGUUUUUCAUUAUGAAAGUUAGGAAACGUUGUGUCGGUUAACUUGGUAUUAUUUUAAAAUAAUGGUACUAUUUUUCAAGAAAUGGUAUUGUUUUACAAAAAAUGGUACUAUUUUUAAAAAAUUGGUACUAUGUUAAAACAAUGGUACCAUAUAUUAAAGAAGCAGUACUUUUUAAAAAAAGUAUUACUAUUUUCAAAAAAUGGUAUUACUUUAGGAAAAAGUGGAGUUAUCUUCAACAUAUGAGGUCUUUAGAGUAGUAAGCACGUUGAUAGGGUCGUAAUAUGAUUAGUGCUGGUUAAAAAAGCUUUGAAUUGUGUUGAAUUUGCCACUAGAGUUUGUAAUUGGAUUGCUUGUUCAAAGAAAAGUUUCAAGGACUUGUAUUUACUUUCAUUUAAAGGCUCUGUAUAUUUUACCAAAACUCUUUAUUGCCUUUAUGUCGUUUAAAAAAGGGCAUUAUUAUAACUUGCUUCUAAAUUAGCUAAAAUUCUUAUCUUAAACUACUACUCAUUUCUAAAACUUGCCAUUUUUGUUAUUUUACACAUUUUUAAAACAAAAUUUCAUGUUAUUCUGACAAAGAACAAUCCGAAUUUUGGUUUGAAAAAGCAAUAAAAAAGAUGGUUUUUUCUCCGUUAGAAGGAGGAAUUAUGAUUCAUUCUGCUUCGCGCUUAAAAUAAUUUAUUCUUAUCAAGGCAUAACCGGAAUGACAUGCAAUUUCAAUCGAUUAAUUGGGUUUAUUUUGUCAAAAUAGUAGAUUUUGUAAGGGGUAAUAGGAGAGCAUGUUUUUGGUAGGGCAAGUUCUUUUAAUUUAUUUUGAAAAAGAUGGUGGUUUUUAUUAGAAAAGGCGUUUUUUGUUAGGUAUAGGCAUUUAAAACAUCUAUAUAAUUUUGUCCUUUGAAGGGCUUUAAAAUUUUUGGUUUUUUAAGUUUUUUAAAUUUUGGUUUGUCUUAACUUUUUGAUGAUUCUUUUCGUUUUUCUUUGUAAAACUUGGUUUUAAAGACUUGAAUAAUAUAAACGUUGUUUUUCUCUUGUAAUAUCAAAAUAAGAAAGGUCUUUUCAGCCAGGUGGAAACGUUGCUCGUUUAAUAAACCGCUUAAGUAAGGACAUAAACUCACAACAAGCAAUGUCGGUUCCAGUGAAGAGAGGUGAGUAAUAUUUCUCUUUAUUGUUUUGAUAAUUUAGGAUAGCUUUUGGCUAUAACAAUAGCGUUUAUGGUUAGUUUUGGAUGAAUAACAUACUUUUUGAAUGUUAAAAGUUAAACUUGGCUUUCGGAUCUUAAUCAUAGUGUUUUAAAACUUUUGAGUGCUAAAAGCAUCUUUUUCAUGUUAACCUUGGCUUUCGAAUGUAAAGCAUAGAUUUUUAAACUUCAAAAUCCCAUUUUUAAUUGCCUCCUUCAGACGUCGGAAAAGUUUUGGCUAAAGUAAGGUACAGCUAUGACGCGGCCCAAGAUGAUGAACUGACACUAUGCGAGAACGAUAUCAUUGAAUUCUUGGAGGACGUUGAAGAUGGAUGGGCAAGGGGCAAAUUGAAUGGAAAAAUUGGGUUGUUCCCAACGAAUUUUGUCACAUUCCCAGCUGUACCUUCUCAAAAUAGAGGUAUGUAUAAUGAAAUAGAGGUACGGGCAGGGGUUUUGAAGGUUUUUUGUUAAGAUUUUAUGUUUUUUGCUUAUUAAAAGUUGUUUCAUAACUAAAACACAAAUUUGUUAUACAAUACUGACAUUACUUUAGCCACCUACACGAAUGCCAUAAACGAAAACUCAUUGAACGAACGACCUCAACAGAUAAAACGUGAAGAAUCGGACAAAUCUCGACCAAAGUCGAUUCAAAAACCGCCUACAGACACGAUUAGAAGCUCAAGUUCAGCCACAAAACUCAACAGUUCUGGGUCAAGCUCACCUGGACUUAAAGGUAAGUAUUUUAACUUGAUUUUUGUGUUUGAUUUUUAGGUUUUGAAGAGGAGAAGUUGAUUGAAAAUGGCGGUUUUUGAAAAUUUUUCGACCAAAAAGGCGAUUUUUUCUGGAAUUUAUGAGUUUUUGACGGUUUUUUGAAGGUUUUUUUUACGGCAAGAGAAGGUAUUGUAGUUUUUAAAGUGCCUAAAGACUUCGAAGUAACGGAUAUUGUUUUAGAAUACGGUAAAGUCCUCUACGACUACAAUGCCGAACAUCCAGAUGAGUUGGAGCUGAAAGAAGGUGAAAUCAUUGUCGUUCUGAACAAGAAAACAGCUGAUGAAGGUUGGUAUGAAGGCGAAUUGAACGGCCGAAAAGGUGUUUUCCCAGAAAACUUUGUCAGGUUAAUGUCAAGCUCGGAGAAGUACGCAGAAGCCACCAACACAACGCCACCAAGUCUACCAGCUAAGCCUACAAAACCAGUAGUUAGUGCGAAACCUUCAAAUGGAGAUGCACCACAGGUAGGGGAAUAUUGGAUUUUAAAGUUUUUUUAGGAAAUUUUUUUUUUAAUUUCAAAAAAAAAUUGAAUUUUUUUAAAAAUUUUUUAUAGCAAAAGAUAAGGAAAAAUCUUGUUAUAGAAAUCCCCAGUCCAGCCAUCAGCAUCAAAUGGCAACGGCUUACCCACAAAACCCUCAGACCUUAUCAGAGAACGCCAAUCCACAAUCCAAUCCGAAAACAAAGCUCCCGAAUCCACCUCGACCUCAUCCUCAACAUCCACAGUCAAGUCCAGUCUAGAAGAGAGGAAGUCAGUCAUCGCUGGCCUACAAUCAAAACUUUUCCCCCAAGGCAAACUACCCCCACAUCGACCGGCCUUCACUUCCCACAGUAAUGCGAUGACAUCAUCAGUUCAUGGUCCCCUAAAGGAGGAACGAGAAGCCAUACCCGGACUAAGACAUUCCAUCAUGGAUCCGACUAGAAUAUCACCGGAGAAGAACGAGGAAGACAGUGUGAAUGAGAGCAAAGCCGGCCAAUUGGAAGCACUGACGAAAGCACGGCCUAAAAUGAACGGAAAACGACCACCUUCGAAUCAGUUCAGGCAGUCCAAGUUGGUAAGGGUUUGGAAAGAAUUUUGAUUUUUUUGGUUUUAAUAGCUUGACAAAUGAAAAGUUUUGGAGCAUUUGAUCGUUCAUGAUUUUCUUUGACUAUAUAUUGCAGUGUCUAUCUAGGGGUUUUUCAAUUUUUUGGAAAAGAGAGGAUUUUGAAAAGAAUUGAAUUUUUUAAACCUAUCAGAUCCAAAAUUCCAAAAGCUAUAAGAUUCAGAUUCUCUACAGGAUUUGUGUCCUCAUACUCAUAAGAUUCAGGAUCUUUACCUAUAAGAUAAAGAAUUAUAAUACAGUGGAACUCUUGUAUAACGAAUUACUUGUAGAUUUUUAAUAUAAUGUUUAUUAGGUUGAAUCAAAAGUAUCGGGACAUUCUUCAUUUUUUUCAACAAAAAACUGUCUCGCCACUUUUGGUUCAAUCCAAUAAAAGCUGCUCGUUAUAAGAAAUUUGCGUUAUAGAGGAACUGGUUUACAGUGGUUACACUGUAUGUUGCAAUAUAUAUCUGGCAGGGCCUCUUAAAAUUUUUCGAAGCUUUGAUUUACAAAUUUUGUUUUUGUUAAUGAUUUUUGAUAAGAUUAUCAAUAUUACAUAUAUUGAACUGUUCUAUCCUGUUAGUUUUUGAAAAAGUUUUAAAAAGCCGAUGGGAACAGGAAAUAAACCAAAACAAAAAAUCUGAUUUUAAAAGGAUGGUUUUUGACUGUUUUUAACAGUGCACUCCAAGUCGACAGAUCAGUCAAAGUAGAGCUUCGUAAUCCAUUAUUUUUUCCGAUAAUUUGUUUCAUUUCUUUUUUCGUUUUUCGGUCGCUUUUUUCGCCUGAUAUUCAAACUUUUUAUACUAUUUUGGCCAAAAUGUAGCAGAAACUAAUGGUAAAUUUCAACAGGUUAAGGACGUACAUUUAAAAAAUAUAUGAUUUUUGUUAUUUCACAAUUGCAAUUGUUUCAUAAAAGUGUUUUUACAUUUUCAGCUUUUAAUUUUAAAACCAACCGUGAUGCGGCGAAACGUCAAAAAAGGAUAGUUCGUUUUCCAUUUGUUUAGGGUGGAGUGCAGUGCUGUUAAAAACAAAAAAAUUUGAAUAACCAAACUAAACAAUUUUUUGUUCAAAAUGAUUUGAACAAAGAGACAAAACAAUUUUUUACUUCGCUUGAUUUGUUCAAAAUUGUUUGAAAUUCAUUUUAUUGUAAAAAUUGUUUUCUCGGUGUUUUACCGAUGUUUACUUUGUCGAGGUAUUUUGAUGUUGUAACCCUAAAUGGUACGGAAAAGUACGUUUGUAAACACUGUGCUAACAAUUCUUACGUUUACAAGAAAAACGGGUCUACAAGUCCCAAAUUAUACCAUCUACGAACUCGACAUCCCGAUUUGUACGAAGAAUACUCAACCCGAAAAAGGCCAGCAACUCAACUUGGACGUUACAGUCAACCGAGAUAUAAAACAACUACGUCUUUGAUAGCAGACUUGUGUGUUCUAAACGAUAUUCCAUUCUCUGUCGCAGAUUCUCCUGCUCUGAAGAACUUGAUUAAUUUUUAUAGUAAAGAUCAAGCUGUUGUAAGUUAAUGGUUUCUUUAAAGUUGUUUUAGGAUAAAACUGUUAAUAGUAAUAGAAAUUUAUGGUUACAGAUACCAUGUCGCCAAAUGCGAAGAUGACUUAGAAACAGUUUUUCUUACGCUAUAAUAAAUCAUUUUUAAUUGUUUUUCGGUUUUUAUGGAUAAUUAAAAAAGUAAAAUUGUUCACCAUUGUUGGAAAUUCAUUUUCAUUUUAAAAUUGUUUGACUUAAAAUGGAUUAACAGUGUUUAAAACCCAUUUCUAGAAUUUUUUUGCGUUUUCAGGCGUAGCCAAAAAAAAAUAAAAAAGCGAGCCAAAAAACAAUUCAAAAAUGCCCUGUUACCGGGUCCAUGUCCUGCCCUGCGUCCAACCCUGAUGGAAACACUUAUCUUUCUUUCUUCCCCUUCUUCCUACUUGCUUGCCUUGCUUUUAAAACAUCAAUUAUUAUAGAGUUUCGAAAAUUUUAAUUGAAAUUUUUUAUAAUAUUUUUUUUCCUUUUCAGUCUCUCCCCUUCGAUUCGAAUCCACCAGAAUCGGAAGAGCCAAAAGAUUUGCCGACAACUCCGGUCGAAUCAACAGCCUUUUCCAGCGGGCCAGCCACCACUGUCUUCCCUGCGGGACCAGAAAAGCCCAGCCCAAUCAGGCAAGCAUCGCCGGUCAAUAAGAAACAAGAAGUUCAGGGCUUGCUAAAGGAUAUGGAAACAUUCCAACAGAAUUUUACGGACAAUGCUAGUGGUGGGUUAAUUUUUUUUUGAUUUUGAAAUUUUAAAAUUUUGGUAUUUUAAGUAGAAAAAUGGGUGAAAAUUGGAAGUUUGGGUAUGAAAAGUACCUAAAGUUUAAGUUUUUCGAAAUUUCUAAUUAAAGUUCAAAUGAAAAUGUCAAAAUAUUGUGAUUACAGCCAAACUGAGCAAAGAACCGGUGACAGCGGUCGAAUUCGACCAGUUCCGCCAAGACGUGUUCGCUCGGCUACAGUGCCUCGAGGAGAAGGUCGACCGACUUCUACGACAGGAAAAGUUGUAA